CGGGCUCCUGCUUCGACAGCACGGACCUCCAGAGCAUCAAUGCGCGCCGCCCGCGUCCGCGACCCGCCCGCCGCGACGGCCUUCGCGGAGCGGCCGAAUCCGCCGAACACGGAAUUCCGACGAUUCUACGAGCGCGGCGACCUGCCCGUGCAGAUCGACCACGGCGGCGUCACGAACCGCAUCGCCUGGAAGGUCGACAUCCAGAAGCUUGACUUCCACCACUACCUGCCCAUCUUCUUCGACGGCCUCCGCGAGGUCGAGCAGCCCUACGCGUUCCUGGCGGAGCAGGGCGUCUACGACAUGAUGUCUUCCGGCUGGCAGAAGGUGCUCCCCGUCAUCCCCCAGCUCAUCAUCCCCAUCAAGACGGCCCUCAACACGCGCAAGAAGGAGGUCAUCGUCAAGGUGCUGAAGGUGCUCCAGGCGCUCGUCAUGUGCGACACCGUGCCCGAGGGCCAGCACCUCAUCGGCCAGGCCCUCGUGCCCUACUACCGCCAGAUCCUCCCCGUGCUCAACAUCUUCAUCCGGCAAAACGACAACCUCGGCGACGGCAUCGACUACGGCCAGCAGCGCCGCGAGAACCUCGGCGAGCUCAUCAUGGAGACGCUCGAGUACUUCGAGAUCCACGGCGGCGAGGACGCCUUCAUCAACAUCAAAUACCUCGUCCCCACCUACCAGUCC